AUGGCGACCAGCCCACUGCCCGGCCCCACCGACAUCUUGCUGCCGUCGCCGUCCAGCGCGUACCCGCCGGAGCCCAUGAACCAGCCGAGGGCCGGCCACGCCGCUAUGAAGCCCAACCAGGUGGGGCAGGUGAUCCUCUAUGGCAUCCCUAUCGUCUCCCUGGUCAUCGACGGGCAAGAGCGGUUGUGCCUGGCUCAGAUCUCCAACACCCUCCUCAAAAACUUCAGCUACAACGAGAUCCACAACCGUCGGGUGGCCCUAGGCAUCACCUGCGUGCAAUGCACGCCGGUGCAGCUGGAGAUCCUUCGCCGGGCCGGGGCCAUGCCCAUCUCCUCCCGCCGCUGCGGCAUGAUCACCAAGAGGGAAGCGGAGCGGCUCUGCAAGUCGUUCCUAGGGGAGAACCGGCCCCCAAAAUUGCCGGAUAACUUCGCCUUCGACGUGUCCCACGAGUGCGCCUGGGGCUGCCGCGGCAGCUUCAUCCCCGCCCGCUACAACAGCUCCAGGGCCAAGUGCAUCAAGUGCAGCUACUGCAGCAUGUACUUCUCUCCCAACAAGUUCAUCUUUCACUCUCACCGCACGCCGGACGCCAAGUACACCCAGCCCGACGCCGCCAACUUCAACUCCUGGCGCCGCCACCUGAAGCUAACCGACAAGAGCCCCCAGGACGAGCUGGUCUUCGCCUGGGAGGAUGUCAAGGCCAUGUUCAACGGCGGCAGCCGCAAGCGGGCCCUGCCGCCCGCCCCGCCGGCCCCCGCCGCCGCCGCUCCUGCCGCCUGCCACCCGCUGGGCUCAGUGAAAGCGGCGGCUGCCGUCGUGGGCGGCGGGUUGCUGAGCCCGCACCUCCUGGCCGCCCCGCCGGAGCUGCACCAGAAGCGUCCGCGCUUCGAGGAGGACGAGGAGCUGCAAGAAGCCGUCGCGGCGGCGGCGCACGGCGGGAAGAGCCCGCGGAGCUACCCGGUCAUCCCGGUGCCCAGCAAGGGCUCCUUCGGUGGCGUGCUCCAGAAGUUCCCGGGCUGCGGGGGGCUCUUCCCCCACCCCUACGGCUUCCCCGCCGCCGCCUUCGGCCUCUGCCAUAAGAAGGAGGAAGGCGGCGGCGGCGGGGCCGAUGCCCUCGGCGGGGCGGCAGCGCACAAAGCCGGUGGGGCGGCUGCGGGCGGCGGCCUCUCGGGGCUCUUUUGGCCGGGUAGAAAGGACGCCGCCUUCUACCCGCCCUUCUGCAUGUUCUGGCCGCCCCGUACACCGGGCGGGCUGCCGGUACCUACAUACCUGCAGCCACCGCCCCAGCCCCCCGGUGCCCUGGGCUGCUCACUGGGAGACGGGGCGGGCCUGCUGCGACAGGCCUUCCUGGACCUCUCGGAGCCCGGCGGCGAGGCGGGGGCCCCCGCCUCUCCCACCGCCUCCGAGGGGACCGGCGGCGGCGGGCGGGUCCCCACGCACCACCCGCACCUGCUGGAAGCGGCGGCCGGGCGCAAGGCGGGCGGUGGGUACCACCACUCCAGCGCCUUCCGUCCGGUGGGCGGUAAGGAAGACUCGGAGAGCUUGGCUAAGCUGCACGGCGGCGGCCCGGCCCGUUCCGCCUCGCCGCCGCUGCAGCUGCUGCUGCCGCCGCCGCCGCCGCCACCCGAGGAGGCGGGAUGCGAUCGGCACCCGCUCCCGCCGCCCUGUAGCUUCGCCAGCGAAGACAGCAGCGAGGAGGAGGAGGAUGAGGAGGAGGAAGAUGAGCCCGAGGUGGACGUCGAGGGGCACAAGCCCCCCGAAGAGGAGGAAGAAGACGAGGAGGAGGAGGAGGGCGAGGAAGACCCCCGCGGCGGAGACACCUUGGCGGCCAACAGCCGCUUCCCGCCCGCCCGGGGCCUGCCGGAGAAGGGCGGCCGGGAGCGCCCCGCCGGCGGCCCGUUCCCCCGUCCGCCCGCUGAGGAGAAGCCGGGGGAAGGCCAAGCCCCGCCGCAGCCGCCUCCCCGGGUGGGCAGCAGCGGCAGCAGCCCGGCGCACCACCCUGCACUGGAGGAGCCGGCCGCAUACAAAGAUAAUCAGAAGAGCAAGGAGAGUAAUCAGGUCAUCAUGCCCACGAAAGAGGACACCUUCUCAGAUAAGAACAAGGAGCAUAAUUUUUUCAUCACAGACUCAGAGCCUUCAGGAGGAGACUUCUGGAGAGAUAUAGCAGGUGAACAUACCCAAGAAACCAAUUCUCCUCAUUCAUUGAAGAAGGAUGUGGAAAACAUGGGGAAAGAGGAACUCCAGAAGGUUUUGUUUGAACAGAUCGACUUACGGAGGAGACUAGAACAGGAGUUCCAGGUGUUGAAAGGAAAUGCGUCUUUCCCAGUCUUCAAUAAUUUUCAAGAUCAGAUGAAGCGGGAACUGGCGUACAGAGAAGAAAUGGUACAGCAGUUACAAAUUAUUCCCUAUGCAGCAAGCUUGAUCAGGAAAGAAAAGCUCGGCGCACACCUCAGCAAAAGCUAA